UAGUAUCUGUGACUGCAUUGUCAAUUUAAAAUUUUUUUUUAUCUUCUUGUUUUUAACAUUAAUUCAUUAUUUACUAUGUGUUUGUUUUAAAUCCAUUAGAAUCAAAAUGUGUAGUAAAGUACACAGAGUUUGUUAUUAUAAUCCAAAACCAGAAUUAAUUAAUUGUGUUUCUUUAAACAAAACUACCAGACGUAUUGCACUUGCAAGAGCAAAUGCUUCAAUUGAAAUAUGGGACUUGAAUUAUGGUCCUUAUUUAGUAAAAUUUAUUCCUGGAGUCGAAAAGGGAUCAGUUGAGGCUCUAGGUUGGGUUGAAGAUAGGUUAUUAUCUACCGGUCUUGGUGGUGCUUUACUUGAAUGGGAUCUAAAUAAACUAUGCCUCAAAAGUACCACUCUUUUGACUGGAUAUGCAGCAUGGUGUUUGGAUGUUAACACUGCAAAUACCAUUGUAGCAGUGGGCACAGAGCAAGGUUAUGUCAACUUAUACAGUGUGGAGAAUAAUGAAAUAAAUUAUUUAAAAUUAUUUGAUAAACAAGAAGGUAGAAUAAUGUGUUGCAAAUUCAAUAAAACAGGAGAUAUUCUUGUCACAGGUUCAGUAGAUACAAUAAGAGUGUGGAAUGUCCAGACUGGGCAAGCUAAGAGUCGCAUGUCAGUCAGUAGACGUGGUAAGGAGACCAUAGUUUGGUGUUUGGCUGUUCUUGCUGACAACAUUGUUGUAUCUGGCGACAGCGGAGGACGACUUACAUUUUGGGAUGGGGAUCUUGGGGACCAGAUUGAAUCUUAUGUUACACACAAGGCAGACAUUUUGUCAAUAGCUGUGUCUGAUGAUGAAACAUACAUGUUCUUCAGUGGUGUCGACCCUGUAAUUAUGCAGUUCAUUAAAGUUAAAAAUCACAAGGAGUCCAGGGGACAAUGGGUGAGACAUGUGCAAAGACAUGUCCAUGAACAUGAUGUUAGAUCCUUGGUUAUUGAUAGAGAAAGAUUGAUAUCGGUUGGAGCUGAUGGUUACUUGACAUUCUCUAAAUAUCCUCCCAAGUGGGUAAUGCGGAUACCACCAAUGAUUCCAUCACCAAGAACAUCAGUGUCACCUGUGAAAAAACUUUUACUUUUAAGAUUCAGCACCCAUUUAGAAGUUUGGAAAUUAGGUUCUUAUGGCACCAACAAAAAUGGAAGUGUUAUUUAUGAUACAGUCAACACUAUUAAUACAAGUAAACAGAAAAAAGGUAAAAAUACAGGGUUAGAAGAAGAUUCAACAUUUGAUAUUAUUGACAAAGCGAAGGUUGCCAGAAAACAAAUUAGAACUUUAAAAUUAAUAGAGAAACCUUUAAAAUUAGUAUCAGUACAGGCGAAAGGUCAGAAGCAAAUACGCUGCUGUCAGCUGUCGCCCUCUGGAGAAUUUAUUAUUUACUCAACAGAUAGUCACAUAAGAAUGCUGAAAUUGGAUGCGGAUGAAGAAGACCAAGGCAAUUUAUCUUUGUCUAAAUUAACAAUCAGCGGUUUACCAACGAGUUGCGAUCGAAUUGCGUUCACACAAGACUCCCGCACUAUGAUGGUUCAUUGCGCUGGUGUAGUUCAUGUUUUACAAGUGGACCCGUUAGCAGGUGCAACCGUGGUACAAAGUAUCAACGUGGAAAAACAUUUGAAAACAGCAUCAGUAUUACACCUUUAUGUAUCUAGAGAAACCGCCUCAGGCGCAAUAUAUUUAGUAGUGGCUGACACUCAAGGCGCUGUAGCCGUGUGGACUAAAGGCGAAAAGAAAUACGAACAUUACGUAACAUUGCCGAAAUAUAAAUGUAUACCGUCAGCUCUAAUUGUCGACUGGAAACGAGACAACCUCAUUAUUCAUUACGUAGACCAAAAUCUGAUAGAGUAUGAGCUACUGCAGCGCCGGUUUGCAGCGGAAAGAGACGGGUGGCGGUUGAGGUCGCCAAAGGCGGUUGCAGAAAUAGGCGGUAGAGUGGCUGUCUCAAUGACAUUGCACCCGCGUCGCGAUGCUCUCCUAUUGCACGACGACACCUCGCUUUGGGUCGCCGACAGACAACCGGAUGAAGAUAGUGAACCUGUUGCAAAAAGAACAGGACGGGAUACAAAACCAUCAAAUAUUAAAGUUGUACCCUUUAAGUACCUGGCGGACUUUCAUUGGCUCAACGACGAUGAGGCAGUAACAGUGGAAAUUUUACCAGAAAACAUAGUGUUACAGUUGCCGCCAGUUAUGAUUAAUAAAUAAUAUGUAAAUAUAAGAAAAAUAAAGUUACUGAAACAAUUUUUA